CUCACACACACACACACACACACAUACACUUCCUAUAUUUGAGAUCAGAGACCAGAGUGCUAGGCACAGUUUCCUGGCUGAACACACCAGUCUAAUACUCACAGGGUACAACUCCUGUCACGGAGACUGGUUGGAACGGCAAAGAUGACAGCCCUGGCGGGUUGAUCUUUUCAUCCCAUAUCCUCCCAGCGUAAUGCAGUAAAGAGGCUGACGGACAACCCAGUAUUCUGCAACGAGACGGCCUCAAGCUGAUUCCCAGCGCCAGGGAGAUGGAGCCACGCUUGCUGCUCUGGGGAUUAGUCACGUUCAUCAUGGUGCCUGGCUUCAGGACAGACUUCUGUGACGAUCCACCACAGCUCAGCAAAGCCACCUUCAGGGCCCUCGCCUACAAGAUCGGCACCAUGCUAACCUGUGACUGCGAGGCUGGCUUCCGCCGAGUUAAAUACGGGUCAUCCUACAUGCUUUGUACAGGAAACUCCAGCCACUCUUUCUGGGACAACAGAUGUCAAUGCACAAGCAAUUCUCUUAGGAACCCAGAAAACGUUACAACUCAACCUGAAGAACAGACAGAAGGAAAACCCACAGAAAUGCAAAGUCAAAUGGAGCCUGAGGACCACGUGGACCUUCCAGGUCACUGCAAGGAGCCUCCACCUUGGGAACAUGAAGCUAAGAAGAGAAUUUAUCAUUUUGUCGUGGGGCAGACAGUUCACUACCAGUGCGUCCAAGGAUUCAGGGCCCUCCAGAGGCAUCCUGCUGUGAGUGUCUGCAAAAUGGCCUGUGAAAAAACAAGCUGGACCCUGCCCCUGCUCACCUGUGCAGAGGAAAGCCAGCACCAUCAAUUUCCAGGUGAAGAAGAGCCUCAAGCAAGCAUGGAUGCCCCUCCUGAGAGCAAGACUUCCUGCCCUGUCACCACCACAGAUUUUCAGAAACAUACAGAAGUGGCUACCACCAUGGAGACGUUCCUAUUCACAGAGGAGUAUCAGAUAGCAGUGGCCGGCUGUGUAUUCCUGCUCAUCAGUGUCCUCCUUCUGAGCGCACUCAGCUGGCGGCGGAAAUGGAAGAAGAGUAGAAGAACAAUCUAGAAAAGAGUGGCAAGAAGACAAGAACAGUCAAAGAAGUUAUGAAGCACAAGCAAAAUCCAAGAUGUUAAACACUCACCCAACAGGCAUCUCUGUGAUUCCUUGAAUUUUGGAAAGCUCUGAGGUCAUAUCAUAGGACACAGGGCAACUGCUAUCGAAGAGUGAGCUCUGCUACUUCUAAGCAGCAAUUCUAAGGUCUUUGAAGGAGAAGGAGGAACAACCAGAAUGCUCUGUCUUAUUUUCAUGAAUAUGUGUUUAUCAGAGCUUGAAUGGUAUGGAACUCUCCAGGCUACAUACAAUGUAAAGAAAAGUAGCUUUAUGCCAAUUUCAUCCAACUUCCCAAUUUAGAAAUCCUAGGUAAAACCUAAGCACUAAUGACUAAUAUAAAUAACACGCACACACACACACACACCCUUUACCCUAAGUAAUCAGACAUCCUCCACGUAGAUUCUUUUCCUGCCUCUGGUUGACUAGCCCAUUCUCCAGAUCACAUCUCUUAAGGAACAUUUUUAAAGAACUCUGGACUGGUUAGAAGAAUCAUUUUGUCCUUAGCUCAGUAUCCUGAGCUAACACCUUCUAUUGAAUUUCUGAAAAACAGAAACCAUGGCAGAAUAAUCUUUGGGCAACACCAAAUAAGGACAACCAAGCCCUUGGAAUUGUAGAGCUUCAAUAUUUGAAAGAAUUUUACUGGAGUUCAUGUUGGGAGCAGAAGGAUAAGCUAGGUUGCAGGUAACGAAUUACACUUAGCAAAAUGCUUUACAUGUACAUUACUAAUAGAUCCCGUUAAGGGUUAGUUUUUUGGGAAUUCUACAAGUGGUACUCUGAAUUUUGCCUGCACUAAUUUGAUGUUUACAGAUAGACACGCGAUGUGCAGAUGUAUAUGUUUCCCACUAAGUGUCAUAAAAACACUGAAGAGAGAUCAGUGUAUUAAAUGUUAAUGGGAGGAAGGAAGGAAAGAAGGGAAUAGAGAGGGAGGAAAAGGGGGAGUCAUCCUGACAGAAUUCAGCUCUGGAAAAGGACGCACCAGUGGUCCUCAAAGGUUACCAAACAGUUCAGCAAGUCAGAGUCAACCGAAGGCAAUGUUGAAACACAGGUUGCUGGGCCUGCAGGCGGAGCUUCUUAGUCAGUUGGUCUGGGGUGGAGCCAAAGAUUUUGCAUUUCUUACAAGCCCCCAGGUGAUGCUGAUGAUGCUGGUCCCAGGACCACUGUUUGAGAACCACUAGGUUAGACCUCUGUGCACCACCCACCCUCAACUACUGAAAAUUCCAGGUGCGGAGACAUCAGUGAAAGCCCUUUUGAGUAAGAGCUCUCCUCUCGUACCACUUGACUUAGAUGUCCAACAUGCCACGUGAUUAAGGAGAUUAAUGCAACGUUUAAACUAUCAACCAUUUUCAUUUCUGAAAGGGCAGAAGAGUGUUACGAUAGGCAGGUUUCAGCAGCUUUAGAUACAGAUCAGAGGGCCAUUUUCUGUCCUGUCUGCAGCCAAGCAAGUACAACCCAGCCUUUCUUGUCCAUACUCCACCCUCCCCCAAAUAUAUGCUUUCCUGGGUAAACUUAGGUUGAGAGGAAUUUCAGACCAGAAAAAAAGUGUCAAAUCUGGCUGGAGCAAAACUGAAUUGAAUUAUUAUUCAUUUUGUGGGAGGGAGACCCAUGACAUCAAAAAUUGUUUUUGUGAUAAUACUACGAUGCUAUUGAUUUGUUUUAUUCUCCUUCUCCAACAAGUAUAUGGUGGAAUUUUCCAGAAGCUACAUGAUAUGUGAUAAUGUCACCUUCUGACAUUGACAUAUAAUGGGUUUAUUACUGUUGUUUAUAGAAAAUUAAUA